AUGCGUGAUGAUGUUGAAUUCGCUAAAAUUAACGAUAAUAAUACAGUUACAACUUUUAUCAAUAAUAACCAAGGUAGUGAAUCUAUCGAUAAUCAAGGUAGUGAAUCUAUUGAUGAUGAUGAUCAAAGUAGUGAAUCUAUUGAUGAUGAUCAAGAUUCAAUAAAUAAAUGUUCUUUAUGUAGCCAGAAUUUUUUGGUACCACUUCCUGCACAUUUACAACAAUUACAAACAUUAAAUAUUGUAGAUCAAUUUGAAAUUUGUCAGUUUCAUACUGCAGAAGCUACUAUCGUUCCAGAUGGACUUAGCAAAAAUUAUCCUAAAGUUAUUGACUUCAAACAACUACCUGAACGUGUCAAGAACUUAUAUCCAGAAUUGUGGAUGAUCAUUACUAAAAAAGCAGAAAGUAUAUUCAGAAACACUGCGAUAGAAAAUCAAGCUGCCAGAAUACCACUCAUAGAAAAAUUUGAAAAAUUUCAAUCAGGUUAUUAUGGUUUUAAAGGAAUGCACAUUAUUCUUAGAACUCUUGGAACUUUUUUUAUUGAAUCCAAAAAAUUGUCUUCAAAUAUGAUAUAUCCUUUAAGUCCUAUGGAGUAUCUUGUGGAAGUGCUUGUCCCUGAAACUGCCAUUAGAUUAAUUGCUCGAGAUUGA